AUGGUUUAUAUCAAGAACCCGAUCCUUCGUCACAUACGAAGGAAACCGAUUUCAUUGAUUGCACCAAUUUCCAUUCUUUUGAUUGUAUAUUUUUUCUUUUUCCAUUCGGUUGCAUCAAGUUUUAAUUCCAAGAGCAAAUCAAAGUACAGCUAUUCCAAGAAAUCACGUAGCUGGUUCGGCAAGAAUAGGGACACUGUUAUUUUAAGAGAUUUACCUAAGAACCACAUUAGUCAUUACGAUUUAAACAAGUUAAGUGCCACUACAAAUGCAUUAGGAAAUAGGGAAGAAGUGUUGAUCUUGACUCCGAUGUCGAAAUUUUUACCUCAAUACUGGGACAAUUUAGUGAAAUUAACCUACGAGCAUAGUUUGAUUGAGUUGGGAUUUAUUUUGCCAAGGACAGCGGAGGGGGACAAUGCGCUACAACAAUUAGAAUCGCAUGUCAAGAAGACUCAAAGCUCCAAAGACAAAUUCAAAAAGAUUACCAUAUUAAGACAAGAUUCGGGGUCAUUAGAGUCACAGACGGAAAAGGAGCGCCAUGCUCUCAAAGUGCAGAAAGAAAGAAGGUCAAUGAUGGCCUUGGCAAGAAAUUCGUUGGUGUUUACAACCAUAUCUCCUUCAACGUCGUGGUGUCUUUGGCUAGACGCCGAUAUUAUCGAGACUCCUCCUACUUUAUUGCAAGAUUUAGUUUCUCAUAAUAAGCCAGUGGUGUCUGCCAACGUCUACCAACGAUUCACCGACCCUAACACAAAGCAAGCUGCUAUCAGACCCUACGAUUUCAAUAAUUGGGUUGAAUCAGAGACGGGAUUACAAAUUGCGGCCGGAUUGAAAGAGGACGAAAUUGUCGUAGAAGGUUAUGCAGAAAUGGCAACCUAUAGACCAUUGAUGGCUCAUUUCUACGAAGCUGAUGGUGAUAGAAACACUGAGAUGGCCUUGGACGGUGUUGGUGGUGGUGCAGUCCUAGUUAAAGCUGAUGUUCACAGAGAUGGUGCCAUGUUUCCUUCAUUCCCAUUUUACCAUUUGAUUGAAACCGAAGGGUUUGCUAAAAUGGCCAAAAGACUAGGUUAUGAAGUCUUCGGUUUACCUAAUUACUUGGUAUAUCACUACGAUGAAUAG